UUAUAAUCUAUAAACAUUGAAUUUUCAAUUUUUGUAUAGAAGAAAAUAAACAUUCAUUUCAAAUACAUUUCAAAUACAUUUUUCAAUAGAGCGAGCAUUAAAUCUCGCUUCUGAAGAGAAACAUUUUCUGUUAAAAACCGUGAAAUUCUAUCUAAAUAGAUUCUAUUUAUCAAAGGGGAAAUUAAAAUAAUGCCAAAAACUAAAAUAGUAGAAAGUGAACCGAUUUCAGAAAAUGAAGAUCUAUGCAGUAAAUAUUGGUGUGAUAAUGGAGAUAGAUGGGAUUUUUUUACCAUGAUAACAGGUUUAUUAUUAUUAAUAAUGGGAUUAUGUUGUUCAACCAUUGAAGUUGGUUACAUAAUUUAUACAUAUCGUAUACAAUGCUACUGUGUUGGUUUAUGGUGUUCUGCAGGUUUUCUAUUAAUUGGUACUCUUGCUAUGGGAUUAUAUCAUUAUGAAUCAGUUCCAUCAGCAUCAUUAAUGUUAUUUUGUGUAAUGUGUGACUUAUUAUUUGGCAUAGUUAUUCCACUGAUUGCAAUUGCUUUUACAAUUAAGUGUGGUAAAUUAAAUGUUUUUUAUUAUCCAAUCACAAUGAUCUGCAUACUAGUUGGAUUAAUAAGUAUUGUACAUAUAUUUUUUGUAACAAGAGAACUGUUAAAAUUACGACGACAAUUCUAUCGUGAAGGAUAACUCAGUGCCGAAAAAGAAGCGCAUUCCAAAAACCAAAAAGAUGGAACAAAAUAAUGAAACAUUAUAAAGGAAGAAUUAAGUUUCUCUGGAUGAUCAGAACAGGUAUACAUAUAAGUGGUUUCUCUUUUUCAACAAAAUGCUAU